AUGAACGAUCUGGCGCACCAGGAACAACUCGGCAUCGACCUCGACCUUCUUUCGAAACUAGCCAUAAUGGUCGAGGGAGCGGAAUGGGCUCGAAGUGACCUGAAAGGAGUGUCGACGAUACAUAGCGAUAGCGUUGGCGGAGACCUAAAAACAAUUCGGGGGGCGAUCUGGGAAGCUUUGGUAGCUAACGGCAAGAUUAGCCGCAAGGAUGACUCUGGGAACCUUCUUCAGGUAGAAGGUUGCUGUAGCUUGUCUAUCUCGAAGAAGACACAUAUUGUCCCGAUCGCUAUAGUUGGAAAGCCCCCCUCUGACGCUUAA